AUGGGCCAGGGCUCUUCACUGCCCGAGAGGCGCGCAGAUGGCCCUGCACGACCCGGCAGAAGAGCGGCGGGUGUCUUUCGCCGUUCCACAUAUGGCCCCUCCGCCGAUGAGAGUCAGCAGGACGGGCUGUUGAGUGGGCCGCAGCAUGCACGACACACCACCUCUCGCUCCUCAAGCAUCCACCGCCUAUCACAGCUCUUUCACGCAGAUGCCGCAUCACUGCUCCAAGAUCGAGGCGACACCUCCCACACCGCCCAACACUCUCGGAGCUCGGCGAUGCUUCACCGCACCCGUUCCACUAUGCGCGACUUCCUCUCGCGAAGAGAGCGCGGACACCUGCGCUCCGGCGACUCCACGUCAGCUCCCACCACCUUUCUGCAGCAUCGGACAUCCUACCUUCGAGCUGGCAUGGACAGCCAUCACGACGCCGACUACCCCCCUCCCCGACUCCCCUCCAUCGAUCUGACCUCGACCUUCGACAACGACGCCUUCACUCCUCUCGAAGAACAGGCUCCCACCGUCCCUCGCUCUUCCUCCUCUCAUCGCCGCCCUAACCUCCGUCUGAACGCUCUCCGCCCCGAACGACCCUUUCGACAUUUCCCCACCUUGCGCAGGAGAAGACAUUCGCCGGAUAUUCGCAGGAUUAGUGGUGCGGAGGAUCAAGCUGCUAUGCUGAGUCGUUUGCUAUCAGUCGCUGCUGCUGCCACAGCCGCAACCCUCAUGGGUGAUGACCACCAUGCGCUACAAGAAGCUCGAUCACUUACCGGCUCCACGGGAGUUGGAGAUAUUGGGGCAAGUGGAGAGGAUGGAAGCUUUGAUGGCUUUCUCAGAGCCUUGCAGAACGGUCGAAUAGCUUCUGCUCUACGAGGAGGCGGCGACUCGGACACAGACGCAUCGGGGGGCUCACAAGGUCCUUUGAACUUCUUCCGCAUGUUCCGAUUUGCGUCCAGUCCUGCACAGAGCGGUUCGACAAGCAACGAGCCGAGCGUGGAAGCAGCGGAGGAUGGUAAUGGUGGAGAUGGCCGAAUGAUUCCCAUCAUCAUCGUCGGCAUCCGCUCCAUCACCCCAGAUGCCAACGGCUCGGGGUCAAGCUCCGGGCAAGACUUACCCCCAUUCAUUGAUGCGCUGGGUAGUUUUCCCUCGCCUUUGCCAGCCCAUGCGCUUGGUGCACAUGGCCAUGACAGCAUCGAUUCAAUCCUCCGACCGCCUCAAAAUGGGACGAGCUUCCGCCAUCGACGAAGAGCGAGCCUGGGCGGCUUCGGAAUGAGUCGCAAUCAGUGGAACGACCGAAUGGACGAACAGCGAGAUCACAGAUCGCCAGACCGGCGGCGUGAGCGACCGUGGAGUGUGGCAAGCUCAUCGUCGGCUUUGGAACCGCGUCCACCGCCUGCAACUCCCGCCAGCCCAAGCCCGGAGCUGAGCCGGAUAUCCAGCCGCAACCCCACGCCAGGCAACUCGCGGCCCGCAUCGUUUGUCGGAACGCGGUCCAGCGAUCUUGGGGACUCGAGGCGAAAUAGCAUUUUGCACCGCGCACCCGCCGGCAGUCCGCUUUCCAGCCACACGGAAGAGACGGGCUCUUUGCACUCCACUCACUCCAGCACCAACCUUCUCCCCACCCACCCUGAUGCUUUCUCCUUCAACUCACGUCGCAGAUCCGACACCGCGCCGAACAUCCACUACCCGCGCUUCGCCUCUGGGCACUCUCGUCGCCAUGGUGUGGUGGAGCCGUUGGGCGAUCUGCCCUCACUCUCUCGCUCGAGUACCUCGAAUUCUACCGACCAGUCAGGCAACGGACGGAGAAACAGCAGCAACGACAGCCGCAGCUGGAUCAUCUACGUUCUUGGUGGCUCCUACCCCGAAAAUCAUCCCAUCCUCACAACACCCAGCCUGUUCACCGACAACCCGACCUACGAAGAUAUGAUGCUCCUUUCCGCCUUGUUGGGCCCAGCGAAAGCCCCUGUGGCGACAGAGGAAGAAGUGGAAAGCGCUGGCGGCCUCUACAACAUUGAGGUGACGCACGUGCAGGGCGGUGACGCGGCGAAGACUGCUGCGCUGGUUGCCGUUGCGGUCGAGACUGACGAGAAAGAAGACGCGGACAGAGAGCGCGUUGAGCUCGAAGCUGCGCAGAGAUGUCUGGUGUGUCUCGGGGAUUUCGAGACUAAAGACGUCGUGCGGAAGCUGGUGAAGUGCAACCAUCUCUUCCAUCAGGAGUGCAUUGACCAGUGGCUAACGCAAGAGCGCAACUCAUGUCCCUUGUGUCGAGGCCAGGGCGUUCAUGAGAAGGAGAAGGCGGACGAUACCCCCUCGCAAACCGCUGGCGAGGCGGACGCAAACGCCGCGACCCCCGCCACGAGCAACGAGGCUAUAGCCACCGCUGCUACCGAAGUCGAACAGGCGUCAUAG